AUGUUCGGCCACAUUAUUUCUGGUAUUUACUUUCAGUCCGGCAAUCCCAACUCCAAGGACAAGUUUCUUGUCGAGACAGAGGAGAAGACGGCAGACCAGAUUGAGCAAUAUUCGGAAUGGACGGUAUCAGCCUUCAUAACGGAUCCAGUUAUCAGCGUUCAUGUUGGUAAAGUCGGUCGGCAGCUUUGA